AUGGCAGAAAAAUUAAAGCAGCAAAGAGCCAACACUAAAAAAAGCAUGACACGAAUUAAGAAUUAUAUUGAAUCCGCAAGGAAUGAGGGAAGUGUACUUCCACAUGCUGAACUAAAAUGUCGCUUAGCUAUAUUAGAGGCUUACUUCAAACAGAUAUUGACCACGCAAUCGAGCAUCGAGGCCUUAAAUCCAGAAGAUAAUUGCCGAUCAGAUUUGGAGGAGCUUUACAUCAAUGCAAAGGUGGCUAUUCAAUCGCAGUUGGGAGACGAGUUCCACAAUACAUCAAUAUCUGAUGGUAACAUCACCAUCCACCAAUCAACAUCGAAACUACCACCGUUACAAUUACCUUCAUUCAAUGGUAAAUAUUCCGAAUUCAAGAAUUUUAUAACGACAUUUACCCAAAUCAUUGAUCGAGAAUCAACUUUAUCUAAUCUGGAAAAGUUUAAUUAUUUGCUGACUUGUCUGCAUGGCCCAUCGUUAGAAACGGUCAACGCGUUUCAAGUCACAAAUGAAAAUUAUUCAAAGGCUUUAAAUAGAUUGAAGGAUAGAUAUGACAAUCCAACGCUUAUUUUUAUGGAAAACGUAUCAGCCCUUUUCGAUCUUCCUGGUACGUCCAAACCAGAAGGUGAUAAAUUGCGAAGUUUAAUCGAUACUGCGUCAACAAUUUAUAGUUCACUGCUAUCAUUGGGUUCGGAACGUGACAUUGCACAAGCAAUGUUGAUUCAUAUUGUGAUGCAAAAGUGUGACGAAGGGACGAGAAGAAAGUGGAAGGAAUCGUUGGAUUUCAAAAGGUUGCCAUGUUGGAACGAUUGUACUGCCGUUUUAGAGAGACAUUGUCAAUAUCUUCAAUCUCUGGAUAAAACGUCUCCUUGUGUAUCAGAUGUGCACACCAAUGAUAAAUUGUCAAAAAUAAAAAAAUCUCACAAAGAUUAUGCUUUUUCUUGCACUAAAUCCUCUUGUAUAUUUUGUUCAAGUGCGAAUCACAAGCUCAAUGGCUGUGAACGGUUUAAAUGUUUAUCAACUGCACAACGUUUUGACACUGUAAAGCGAUUCACACUGUGCAUCAAUUGUUUAUCAAAAGGACAUCAACGUUCUAACUGUCCAUCAACUUAUAGAUGUAAAAUUUGUUCAGAUCAACAUCACACCUUGUUACAUCGUAGCAACACCUUCAAUACCACAACACCUUUCAACUCAGUUCAUCCUACUCCACAGUCAUCAAUGGUGUCAGCUGUAGCUACUACUUCUAGAGAUGCUGUGACGCAUACACAUUUAGAGAAGUCAUCGACAAGUAAUGUCAUCUUAGCUACAGCGCUAGUUCUAAUACAGGAUGCAUCUGGAUGCUACCAAUUGGGUAGGGCGUUACUAGUUUCGUGUUCACAGGUGAACUUCAUCACUAAUGAUUUCGCUCAAAAACUUCGCAUACCCAUGGCAAAGCAUAAUAUUGAAAUUAACAGCAUCGGAAAUUCAUCGACAAGAAUUACAUCAAAGGUAUCAACUACUAUCAAAUCUCGAUUCACGGCUUUUCAAUUUCCAUUGACAUUCUGUAUAACAUCACAUAUUGCGUAUCAACCAGAUUCUGAAAUAAACAUCUCAACUUGGAACGUACCACCAAAUAUUAACCUUGCUGACGAACAAUUUUACAAAUCAACCCGUAUUGAUUUACUGCUUGGCACUGAAAGCUUUUUUAGUGUCCUGUCAGUAGGCCAGAUUAAACUUGGAUUAGGAUUACCAACGUUACAGAAAACUAUUUUGGGCUGGAUUGUUUCAGGUAGAUAUGAUGUUUCACAAUGCGUUAAUAAUUCAAUUUGUCUCCUUUCACCAAUUGACUCUGUCGAGGAAAAGUUAGAACGUUUAUAG